AUGACCGAACGACCGUCAACGGCGACGGGCAGCAACCGCAAUUUCAACCAGGCAUUGACCUCUCCACUGAGGCCAAAUACGAGCGGUGGCCCUGGAAUAUCUGUGACUGGUGCUUCGCCGACAGGAUCAAGAACUCCACCUCCGAAUGAGAACCGCCGGUCUAUCAGUGGUGCUUCGUCCUCACCUCGACCAAAAGCGAAAGAAUCUACCAACACAUUUUGUCGAAACAUCACAAUCUACGGGUAUUGUCGUUACCAAGAUAAGGGCUGCGCAUUCAAUCACGAUCCCCAUUCGCAAAAACAGCAAUCUGGGAGCGGACGAGGGAAAUUCAAUGUAGACUCACCCUCUUUCACUCCGGCGACUCCCCCCAAGAAGACAAUAUCCCCGAACGUUGCGGACGCUGCACCUUUCACCCCGAAACACACCACUGUUGCGACACCCCCGGUUGCGCCUCAAUUUCAUGAUCCUAAUAAUGGUUACUCAAUAUCCCACGCAGUUGAUCAUCAGCAGAAUUAUCAGUUACAGCAGCAUGGCUUUGAUCCAAUAGGAUUGGCGGAAAAUAACGCGGCAACAAACGCAAUGAAUGCAUACGAGUUUCCGGUUUCACAGCCGGUGAAUCCGUAUGCGCAGACGGGCGAUAUGUUUUUCCCACAAACACAGUCAUAUACACCUCUGCUCCCUUACCACCGUUAUGCUCCUCUGGCUCCCUUUCCGCAAAAGCUUUUACCGUUUCAAAGGAACAUCCAUGGAUUCUUCAUGUCCGAUAAUCUCAGGGAAGAGCUCCAAAGGAAAGCAGAAAUUACGUUGCAGUCUUUACCAAGUGUUACUUCGAUUCUUCCCCCGGCAGUGGAGGAAUUCCACUCUUUAGUGCCACUAGAUACAUCAAACCAAAAGAACAUAAAUGUAUUUGGAUAUCCAAGCUGGGCUUAUAAGGCGUUCUCAAAUGAAGAUGCCAAUCCAUAUGCGCUUCGGAGAGUUGAGGGGUUCCGUUUGUCCAACGAAGCCGACAUUAGAAUAAUACAAAGAUGGAAAAAAGUUUUGAGCGCAAACAUAGUGACCAUCCAUAACGCUUGGACUACUACAAAAUUUGGAGACAGCUCUAUCAUCUUCGUCUAUGAUUAUCAUCCUUUGUCCAAGACGCUGGCUGAGACUCACUUUGGGCCAAGUCCAAGAUACACUACCCCUCGACACUCUGUUGGGCCUAUAGUUCCAGAACCAGUACUAUGGAGUUACAUUGUACAGAUUGCUUCAGCGCUGAAAGUCAUUCAUAGUGCAGGUCUGGCAGCGAGGGUAAUCGAAGGAUCAAAAAUAUUGGUUACAAGCAAGAUGCGAAUACGCUUGAAUUGUUGCGGUAUCCUGGACGUGAUUCAUCCAGACACCAUAAAAACUCAGGACAUGGUGCGUGAGGCUCAGCUUGAGGACCUGACCCAGCUAGGUCGGCUCAUGCUUUCCGUUGCUUGCAACACUCCAACAGCGCUUCAAAACUUCCAGAAAAGUAUGGAUUAUAUCAGGAGACAUUACUCUAUGCAAUUGCAUGACAGCAUCUACCUUCUUGCCACAGGUGCAACGAAGUCUGUGGAAGAGUUCAUCAAGACAAUUGCCAAUCAGGCGUUCCAGAAUUUUGACAGCGCUCUUCAUUAUGAAGACUCGCUUGAAUCGGAGCUUUCAAGAGAACUUGAGAAUGGUCGGCUGGUCCGGCUUUUGUGCAAGUUUGGCUUCAUCAAUGAGAGACCUGAGUUUGAUCAUGAUCCAAGAUGGAGUGAAACUGGUGAUCGUUAUUUCUUGAAGCUCUUCAGAGAUUAUGUCUUUCAUUCGGUUGAUGAAAACGGUCAACCGGUGGUGGAUAUUGCACAUGUGUUGAGCUGCCUGAACAAGUUGGAUGCCGGCGUAGACGAGAGAAUUAUGUUGGUCUCUCGGGACAGCAUGAAUUGUUUUGUUGUGACCUACAAGGAGCUGAAGCGACAAGUCGAAACAUGUUUCCAGGAUCUCAACAAAAACAACAGACGGUAA